CGGUGGGAACUACCACCAUGUUCCCGACACACAUUUUAUAACGUGUGGCGCCUAAAUAAAACAUAUGCCGACUCUUUUCACCAAGGUUAAACAUUAAACUUUAAUAAUUCACCAAGUUCUUAUCAAUAAAUAAAAAAAUGGCUUGUAAACAUUCAAACCUGUUGAUAUUGUUGUCAUAUUAAUUCCUGGUUAGGUUAGGUCACUUGUCUUCAAUUACAAAAUACAAAUUACCAAGUCGGCGACUCCAGCGUUGGAUUCUAUAUAGUUCUAUAUUAUAUCUCUUAAAAGAUUAUCUAUGGAUCCCAAUCCACCAAGGCGUGCGAGAGGUCGGGCUCGUGGGGGACAUCCUCCUCCUAAUCAAAUAGGACAACCACGAGGACCUCCUCCUAAUCAAAUAGGACAACCACGUGGACCUCCUCCUAAUCAAUCAGGACAACCACAUGGAGCUCGACCAGUACAGGCACCACCAUCGCGGCCACAAGCUAGAAAUAUGCCAAGCCAAUCUGGUCCACAAAGUGUUGAACAAGUAACGAGUGGAUUAGGAAACUUGAAAACAGAAGAUGCACUAAUUCCAAUUGGUCGAGGAGCAGUUCGUGGUCGCCAACCUAUAGAAAAUAUAUACUAUAGGAUAGAGAGACCAGAAUCAUCAACAUCUAGUGAUGGAAAAAUAGGUAAAGGCGGACAAGAUAUUCAGUUGACAUCCAAUUAUUUUCCGAUAACCACCUAUACAGAUUGGAGUUUAUACCAGUAUCGAGUUGACUUUAACCCAAUUCAAGAUAAGAUAAACGUUCAAAGAGGCCUAUUGAGCUCACACAAAGAACUUUUAGGAGCAUAUAUUUUUGAUGGAUCAAUGUUGUUUAGUAGCAAAAAAUAUAUACCAAACACUUUAGAGCUGACAUCAAAACGAAAUUUUGAUGACGAAAUAGUAAUAAUUACUGUAAAAUUUAUUCAAAUCAUUGAAAAGGGUGAUCAUUCUUCUAUCCAAAUUUUUAAUUUAUUGAUACGUAAAGCCUUGAUGAACUUAAACCUGUCACUGGUUGGAAGAAAUUAUUAUGACGAGAAAGCCAAAAUCAAUAUACCGAAGCAUAGACUUCAACUAUGGCCUGGUUAUGAAACUACUAUUGGAAUGUAUGAUAGUGGUCUAUUAUUACGGUCAGAAAUUUCAACAAAAAUCAUGAGGGAAGAGACUGUUUUAGAUUUUUUAAAAGAUUGUGCUGAUAAUAGAAACAGAGACCCUCAAUGGAUGGUUAAAUUUAAAAUGGGCGUUAUAGGUAGUACAGUGCUGACACGCUAUAAUAACCAAACUUACCGAAUCGAUGAUGUGGACGAAAACUCAAAUACCCAAUCAACAUUUAAGAAGAAAGAUGGAUCGAGUAUAUCUUACAUCGACUAUUAUAGAGAAAAACAUAAAAUAAACCUGAGCAAUCAUCAACAACCAAUGUUGGUAUCAAAGAAAAAAAAAUCUUUUAAAAUUGAAGGUGAUGAAUCUGAGCUGGUCUACUUAGUUCCUGAAUUAUGUACUUUGACUGGAUUAACUCAAAAGAUGAGAGAUAAUCGUUUUCUCAUGGCUGAUUUGGCAGUGUAUACAAGAGUAGGUCCCAGUGAGAGAAUUGGCAAGUAUAACAGUUUUAUAAAUCGAAUUCUUGAUACACCCAAGUCUGCAGAAUCACUAUCACAAUGGAAUUUAACAUUGAGUAAUAAACUCGUUACAUUUAAUGGUCGUGUAUUAACACAAGAAACACUGCAAGGAAAUCAAAUCAAAUAUCCAGCUGGUAAUACAGCUGAUUGGACAACUAGCUUACGAUCUGCACCUAUGUUCACUUGUGCUGAAAUAAAACGUUGGGCAGUACUUGGUCCACAAUCGAAUGGUGGUCAAGUUAGACAAUUUGUCAAGACUCUACUUACAGUUGCUAAAAAAAUGUCAUUUAAUUUACCACCACCUGAAAUAGUUGAUUUAGAUAUUUCAAAUAUGAGACCGUAUUUAACUACUUUGGAUCAAGUAAUAAAUCGAAUGAAUCCGUCAUUUAUUUUAUGCAUCAUCAAUCGUAAUGAUCACUACCAUGUCCUUAAAAGACAACUUAGUAUCGAUCGAGCAGUGCCCUCUCAAGUAGUGUUGAUGAGACAAAUAGAAAAAAAUAAUAUGUCAGUAUGUACCAAAAUUGCCAUACAAAUCAAUUGUAAACUAGGUGGAGCACCAUGGCGUGUUGUUAUCCCUGAAAAGAAUAUGAUGAUUGUUGGAUUUGACGUCUGCCACGAUAAGCAAAAUAAAAAUAAAUCUUAUGGUGCAUUAGUAGCGACAAUGAAUGAUAGCCACACUGCUUACUUCAGCUGUGUUCAACCACAUGAAAGUGGUCAGGAACUUUCAAGCUAUUUUGCAAUGAGUAUUGCUAAGGCUCUAAAUAAAUAUAGAUCCAAAAAUAAAACACUCCCAAAUAGCAUAAUUAUAUACAGAGAUGGUGUGGGAGAUGGACAGUUAUCAUAUGUCCAUCGAACUGAAGUUGAUAUGGUAAAGAAAACUUGUAAAGAUUUCUACGGGGAGAAAAAAGUUGGCAUGGCAUUUAUUAUAGUUAAAAAACGAAUCAGUACAAGAUUUUUUUGUAGCAAUCCUAAAAAUUAUCAAAAUCCACCCCCUGGAACAGUGAUUGAUAAUACUGUCACUGACCCAACUAUGUACGAUUUUUACCUGAUCUCUCAAAAUGUAACACAGGGUACAGUUACCCCAACUCACUAUAAUGUAAUUGUGGAUACUCUCAAUGAAACUACUGCUACCAAUAUUACACCCGGAAUUAUGCAAAAACUUACCUAUAAGUUGACUCACAUGUACUAUAAUUGGUCGGGUACAGUGAGAGUUCCUGCCCCAUGUCAACUGGCACACAAAUUAGCAUUUUUGACUGGACAGUCACUCCAAAAUCCUGCAAAUCCUGGUUUGGAGGAUUUACUGUACUUUUUAUAAGUUUUUUCACUGACCACUGAAUAUUGAAUAAUAGUACCUAACGAAUAACGAUUAGCCAAAUCGGUACAUUUUAGAUUUAAAUACACAUGUUUUUAAUUUUCAUAACUUUUUUUUAGAUAUUUUUUGAGAAAAGUACAUAUUAUUGUAAAAUCUGAAUAGAUUAAAAUCUUAUCUGGAUGAUUAAAUUAAAAUUGUAAACAAAAAUUAUUAAAUUGUAGAUGUUCUGGAGCAUAGUAGUGUACAACAAACUGCCUAAAUGUAAGCAACGACUGUGGUGGCCAUUUUAUUAUAUAAUAAUUACUUAUUAGUUAUUACCUAUGAUAAUAUUUAAACAAUUUUUUUAUAAAUAUAAUAUAUAGGUAAGUUUUUUACAAGAGUUGUUUAUUUGUAUUUCUUUAAAUAUAUACAUUUUUCCAUAUAA